UCCCCCUCGCCCCGCGGCGGCUCCGCGCUCCGGGAACAUGGCGGCGGCGGCGGUCGGGCGGGACACUUUACCUGAGCACUGGUCCUACGGAGUGUGCCGUGACGGCCGCGUCUUCUUCAUCAAUGACCAGCUCCGCCGCACGACCUGGCUGCACCCGCGCACCGGGGAGCCCGUCAACUCGGGCCACAUGAUCCGCUCAGACCUGCCCCGCGGCUGGGAGGAGGGCUUCACUGAGGAGGGCGCCAGCUACUUCAUCGACCAUAACCAACAGACCACAGCAUUCAGGCAUCCUGUGACGGGGCAGUUUUCUCCAGAAAAUAGUGAAUUCAUUCUUCAAGAAGAGCCAAAUCCACAUAUGUCGAAGCAAGAGAGAAACCAAAGACCGUCCAGCAUGGUCAGCGAAACGUCCACAGCUGGGACCACUUCCACCCUGGAGGCGAAGCCUGGACCCAAGAUCAUAAAGUCCAGCAAUAAAGUCCACAGCUUUGGUAAGAGGGACCAGGCGAUCCGGAGGAACCCCAAUGUUCCAGUGGUGGUGAGGGGCUGGCUGCACAAGCAGGACAGUUCUGGAAUGAGGCUGUGGAAAAGGAGGUGGUUUGUGCUUGCUGAUUAUUGCUUGUUUUAUUAUAAAGACAGCCGAGAAGAAGCGGUUCUCGGGAGCAUCCCUCUGCCCAGCUAUGUGAUCUCACCAGUGGCCCCUGAGGAUCGCAUAAGCCGCAAGUACUCCUUUAAGGCUGUGCACACGGGGAUGCGAGCUCUCAUCUACAACAGCUCCACGGUGGGCUCUCAGGCUGAGCAUUCGGGCAUGAGGACCUACUACUUCAGUGCUGACACCCAGGAAGACAUGAACGCCUGGGUCAGGGCCAUGAACCAGGCUGCACAGGUGCUGUCUCGAUCAUCACUGAAGAGGGACAUGGAGAAGGUGGAGCGGCAGGCGGUUCCCCAGGCCAACCACACAGAGUCCUGUCAUGAGUGUGGCCAUGUGGCACCUGGACACUCAAGGGAUUGUCCUCAUCACGGCCAUGACGAUUUCUUCAGCUUCGAGAGGCAGGAGCAGGAGGGGGAACGGUACCGUUCCCAAAGGGACCCGCUGGAGGGCAAGCGGGACAGGAGCAAGGCCAGAUCUCCCUACUCGCCGGCCGAGGAGGAUGUCUUGUUUGUGGAUUUACCUGGUGGCCCAAGAGGCCAGCAGGCGCAGCCCCAGCGGGCGGAGAAGAACGGUGUGCUGCCUGCCUCCUACGGCCCAGGGGAGCAGAACGGGACUGUUGGAUACCAGCGGGCCUUUCCUCCCAGGAUCAACCCUGAAAAGCACAGCCAGAGGAAGAGCAACCUGGCCCAGGUGGAGCACUGGGCAAAAGCCCAGAAGGGGGACAGCAGGAGCCUCCCCUCAGACCAGACGCUUCCUCGCCAGGGUCCUGGCCAGCCCCUGUCCUUCCCAGAAAACUACCAGACUCUUCCCACGAGCACCCGACACCCCUCAGGGGGCUCCUCGCCCCCUCCCCGCAACCUGCCGAGUGACUAUAAGUAUGCACAGGACCGAGCCAGCCACCUGAAGAUGUCCAGUGAGGAGCGCCGGGCACACCGGGAUGGCACCGUGUGGCAGCUAUACGAGUGGCAGCAGCGCCAGCAGUUCCGGCAUGGCAGCCCCACAGCACCCAUCUGCAUUGGCUCCCCGGAGUUCACCGACCAGGGCCGGAGCAGGAGCAUGCUUGAGGUGCCCCGUUCCAUCUCUGUGCCUCCAUCUCCCUCGGACAUCCCUCCCCCGGGGCCUCCAAGGGUUUUCCCACCCCGGCAGCCACACAUGCCAGCAGAGCGGGUCACUGUGAAGCCACCAGACCAGAGGAGGAGUGUGGACAUCUCACUGGGGGGUUCUCCCAGGAAGGCUCGGGGCCACGCCAUCAAGAACGCCUCUCACGUAGACCGCCGCUCCAUGCCCUCCAUGGGUUACAUGACCCACACAGUCAGCGCUCCCAGUUUACACGGAAAAUCGGCUGAUGAUACCUACCUCCAGCUAAAGAAAGACCUGGAGUACCUGGAUCUAAAGAUUAAAAAUAAUGAACCUUUGAUCAACGUGCUUUACAAAGUGCUGAAGAAGUCAGCACGGGGCUGUCGGCCCAGGAGAAGCAUGACAGGCCGAGACCUCCUCAAGGACCGCAGUCUGAAGCCUGUGAAGAUAGCCGAGAGUGACAUUGAUGUCAAACUGAGCAUCUUCUGCGAACAAGACAGGAUCCUCCAGGACUUGGAAGACAAGAUACGAGCCCUCAAGGAGAACAAAGAUCAGCUAGAAUCCGUGCUGGAGGUGUUGCACAGACAGAUGGAGCAGUACCGAGACCAGCCUCAGCACCUGGAGAAGAUUGCCUACCAGCAGAGGUUGCUGCAGGAGGACCUCGUCCACAUCCGAGCUGAGCUCUCCAGAGAGUCCACUGAGAUGGAAAAUGCUUGGAACGAGUACCUGAAGUUGGAGAGUGAUGUGGAGCAGCUGAAGCAGACCCUACAGGAGCAACACAGAAGAGCCUUUUUUUUCCAGGAGAAAUCACAGAUACAGAAGGAUCUGUGGAGGAUUGAAGAUGUCAUUGCAGGCCUGAGUGCAAAUAAGGAGAACUUCAGAAUCCUAGUGGAAUCAGUCAAAAAUCCGGAAAGAAAAACGGUGCCUUUGUUUCCCCAUCCGCCUGUGCCUUCACUCUCGACUGCUGAGAGCAAGCCGCCCCCGCAGCCCAGCCCUCCCACCAGCCCUGUGCGGACCCCUCUGGAGGUUCGACUCUUCCCUCAGCUGCAAACCUACGUGCCCUACCGACCUCACCCGCCCCAGCUGAGGAAAGUGACGUCCCCCCUUCAGUCACCAACAAAGAUGAAGCCCAAAGUUGAAGAUGAGGCACCUCCCAGGCCCCCACUCCCCGAACUCUACAGCCCGGAGGACCAGCCCCCAGCUGUGCCACCUCUGCCGAGGGAGGCCACCAUCAUCCGGCACACUUCCGUGCGGGGCCUCAAGCGGCAGUCGGACGAGAGGAAGCGAGACCGGGAGCUGGGGCAGUGUGUGAACGGGGACUCGAGGGUGGAGCUCCGGUCGUACGUUAGUGAGCCUGAGCUGGCGACCCUCAGCGGGGACAUGGCCCAGCCGUCCCUCGGACUUGUGGGCCCUGAGAGCAGGUACCAGACGCUGCCAGGCAGAGGUCUCUCGGGGUCCACGUCAAGGCUCCAGCAGUCAUCCACCAUUGCUCCCUACGUCACGCUCCGGAGGGGUCUGAAUGCUGAAAGCAGCAAGAUGACCUUCCCUAGACCCAAGAGUGCCUUGGAGCGCCUGUACUCAGGGGACCACCAGCGUGGCAAGAUGAGCGCGGAAGAGCAGCUCGAGCGCAUGAAGCGGCACCAGAAGGCCCUGGUCCGGGAGCGCAAGAGGACGCUGAGCCAAGGAGAGAGGACAGGCCUGCCCUCGUCCCGCUACCUCAGCCAACCGCUCCCUGGAGAUCUUGGCUCAUGGAAGCGUGAGCAGGACUUUGACCUGCAGUUGCUGGAACGGGCCAUGCAAGGGGACAGGAAGGACAAGGAGGAGAAUGGCUGGUUGAAAGUGCAGGCCAUGCCUGUCACUGAGUUGGACCUGGAACCUCAAGACUAUGACCUGGAUAUCAGCAGAGAGCUGUCCAAGCCAGAGAAGGUCUCCAUCCCUGAGCGUUACGUGGAGCUGGAUCCUGAAGAGCCACCCAGCCUUGAGGAGCUGCAGGCACGGUAUCGCAAAGCUGAGAAGAUCCGCAACAUCCUCGCCCGGUCAAGCAUGUGCAACCUACAGCCAACAACGCCAGGCCAGGACAGGAGCAGUGUGGUGGACCUGGACUCGCAGCUGCAGGAACAAGAGCGCAUCAUCAACAUCUCCUAUGCCCUGGCCUCUGAGGCCUCCCAGCGCAGCAAGCAGGUGGCAGCACAGCAGCUGGCCCUCCUCCCGCCUAACGCCCCCCUGUCCUCCAGGAUGGUGCCACCUUACCCCCCCUUAACCAACGGACUCCACUACACCUUUGUCUAGCACCUUCCAACCCAGGCAGUGCCUGACCCGUGACCCAGUGUGCAGAGGAGAAGCCUGGAGUCCCGGGGCCCAGUGGAACCCGCUUCCCCCAAGGAGAUCGACCUUUCGGCCCCCAAGGAAGCCCCUUCCAGCUAAGCAGGGUUCUGGCUGGGACACGGAGCAGCUCACCAACUGAGGGGUGUUCACCACAGGGCCAGGCCCUAACACGCCCACUAGUUGUAGUUCAGACUCCUUUUUACAUGUGGCAAAGGCACUUUUGAUACACACUGUAAGAUACUGACACUGUAUUUUAGAAUCAGAAUAUGUUUUAUAAUGUUCACCUCAAGGGCUGGAAAGGUGAAGAUGCAGGAUUUUGUAGCCGCACAUACAGAUUCAGGUACUGUUUCGGGGGCAAGUGUGGGUGGGGGAAGGGGCGGGGAGAGCAGAGGCCAAUCCAACUUCCGACAAACUCAGGUGAAAGUUGGAUUUGAGGAUGUGCUUCCAGUGGAUUCCAGCGUUAGGCCUGUUGGCGCGCUGUCCGGGAGGAGGGGGCCCUUGGCUGCAGAGAGCAGCUGUCCCUGACCUGGUGCCCAGCUCCGUGUGGAACUCCACCAGGAUGGCGUGUGGAGCCCAGGUCUGUGCCUUGGCCCUUGAGUUUGGUUUCGGAGCAACAGUGCAUUCGGGAGCACUGAGCCCCAAAACCUGCCCACCAGGUUUCCUCAACAAAGGGUUCUUCUCAGAAAGAAAAAUGCAGUUUGCUUUAAUUAGAAAAAAAAUAAAAAGUACACUUUGAAGGACAGAAAAGGUGAGAGAAGCAACUUCUAUUGUAUCAUAGCAAUAAACUCCACACUGGGUAACAUCUACCUAAAAUCCCUGACUGAAUGAUUUGUGCUGGGAGCCUCUGCCGCCUGCCGUGGAGCUGCCCUAGGACUUGGGUCUGGUGGUGGGAGGGCAGGCGGGGCACCCCCAGCAUCCCUGACCGCCUGCCACCAGCAGGGCCACCAUGGCAGGACUUUGGCUUGACUCCAGCCCCAAAGGAGGAGGGGGCUACCAAGCCAGGUGCAGAGUUUGUGGCCCUUUAUUUAAGUCAUGUUCUCAUGAUAUUCCGCAUACAGAAAAUGAUGUUUAAAAGGAAACAACAACAACAACAAAAACCUCCAUCGGAUGGAGCCACACUUUAAUGAAAAUUUGUCUUUGACUAUGCUCAGAAAAAAAAAGAAUCUUGAAUAUAUUUAGAAGUUGCCGUCUAUUUUUAACUAACUCCAUAUGCUGCCAGUAUCAACUUCAUGACAUUUGCCAAAAUGAAAUUUUAUUUUUGCCUUUAUAAGAUUUUGUUGGAAAAAUGAAAUGAAUAUUUUGCAAGGAAACGUUAAUUUAAAUAAAAGUGUAAUGGUUUGCAAAAACAAAUGUGAUGCACAGAUUAAAAUAUUAACCUGU